UCUGUUCUUCCACAUCUGAAGGUGAGCUUCAGUUGGUGUUGUUUCCAAUGGGAUGAUGCUGGUUAGGAAGCUCUUAGUGUACUUCAGUCGAGUUUUGUUUAUAUUUCUGGGUUUCAAUUUUUUUCUAUAUGGAUGUCUUGUGUGUUAUAUCUAUCGAAAGCUGUUACAUUGUACCUGUCCAUUUACUUGCUUUUUUGAUUCCAGAUGUGCAAGACUGUGCCAAUUCUCCACUCAAUAACUUUUAAACGUCAAACAUUUUCCAGUAAUCACGCAUUAUAGAAACAUAGAAAAUAGGUGCAGGAGUAGGCCAUUCGGCCCUUUUGAGCCUGCACUGCCAUUCAAUAUGAUCAUGGCUGAUCAUCCAACUCAGUACCUGCCUUCUCUCCAUACCCCCUGAUCCCUUUAGUCACAAGGGCCACAUCUAACUCCCUCUUAAAUAUAGCCAAUGAACUGACCUCAACUGCCUUCUGUGGCACAGAAUUCCACAGAUUCAACACUUGUGCAAAAUGUUUUUCUCAUCUCGGUCCUAAAAGACUUCCCCCUUAUCCUUAAACUGUGACCCCUUGUUCUGGACUUCCCCAACAUCGGGAACAUUAUGUAUAAUUGUUUUGCUUCAAUAAAUGUCUAUCUUAUUCAUAGAUCAUGGCUCCACUGAGAAAAUUAAAGAAAGUGUGAAAAAUGAACGGUGAGAUUUUCUUUCCAGUUGCCAACUGAAAUAUAAACUGAAAUUAGUUGUGAUGCUUUAAGUAUUUUGGUCAAAUAGGACCUAUAGAGGACAUUGGAUUAAGGUGAAGGGGAAAAGAUAUAAUAGGAAUUUGAGGGGUAACUUUUUCACACAAAGGGUGGUGCAGUAUGGAACAAGCUGCCAGAGGAGGUACUAUUGAGGCAGGAACUAUCCCAAUGUUUAAGAAAUUGUUAGACAGGUACAUGGAUAAGACAGGUUUGGAGCGAUAUGGGCCACAUGCGGGCAGGUGUGACUAGUGUGUAGGAAAGAACUGCAGAUACUGGCUUAAACUGAAGAUAGACACAAAAAUGUGGAGUAACUCAGUGGGACAGGCAGCAUUGUUGGAGAGAAGGAAUGGUUGACGUUUCGGGUCGAGACUCUUCUUCAGAGUCUGAAGAAGGGUCUCGACCUGAAAUAUCACCCAUUCCUUCUCUCCAGAGAUGCUGCCUGUCCUGCUGAGUUCUUCCAGUUUUUUGUGUCUAUCUUCAGGCGGGACUAGUGUAGCUGGGACAUGUUGGCAGGUCUGGGCAAGUUGGACCAAAGAGCCUGUUUCCAUGCCGUAUCACUCUGACUAUGACUCUAUAGCAGUGCAGUAAGCCAUUGUGUAUAAUAUACAGGUUGAAACUAGAAUUGCCAGCAAAGGCUUUUCUUACCACACCUGCACCUUACCACUGGUAUAAUUUAAGCAUAUAUUCUUCGUCUCUUGCGACUUACCAAGUCUCUCCAACCUCAUCCAAAAACCCAUCAGCUUUUACACGUGUUGAUGAUGCUCAGUCGUAUCUUGCCACCAUUUGCAGGACGCUUUCUUUACAGAGUGAUGGAUGCCUUGAGCGUGCUGCCAAGAGUGGUGGUGGAGGCUGAUAUGAUAGUGGCAUUUAAGAGGCUUUUAGAUAGACACAUGGAUUUGCAAGGAAUGGAGGCAUAUGGAUAAUGCACAAGCAGCGGAGAUUAGUUUAACUUGCGGGGAGGUCAGUCAGUAUAUGUUAUGGACUAGGCAGUGUUCAUCACUUUUUGCAAUCAUCAUAAUUCCUGAAUUACUCCAAUUGCUGAACCAAGUGUGAUGCAACCAGUUAAUAUGCUCUCCACUGUACACCUGUAGAAGUUCAAUAGUAUUUGUCGAUAUACUGAAUCUCCUCAAUCUUCUAAGGAAGUAGAGACAUUGAUUCUACAAUUGAACAGGGGCAGGUAGGACUAGUGUAGAUGGGGCAUCUUGGUUGGCAUGAACAAAUAGACCUAAGGGCCUGUUUCCAUGCUGUAUGGCUCCAUCUCUAUUGUGCUUUGGAGGUGCCUGCUGCAAAGAAUCCAUACUUCUGUAUGAUUUACUGUGGAAGAAGGAAAGUUUGUGGUGAAUUUGAGGCCUUAAUCUUCAAAUAUUUCCACAGGUGAGUAAAGGCUGUACUUAGGCACUAAAAAUAGUGAUUACUUUUAUCAGCGAGCUCUUCCUCCACUUUGAAUUGAAAGUAGACAUUGAUAUAACCUCUUCAGUGGUGAAAGGUGACCUCAUGGUCCAGUGUAGGUUGCGGGAGAGCACAUUGUUACUGUUGUUGGAGCAUGGUGCCUCACAGAUGCCUCGACUUGAGCUGCCAGAUGUUCUGCCUUUGCACAAUUAUGGUGCCACAUUUUAAACUGAAGGCUCUGUGUAAAGUUAAGUCUUCACUGCCACAAGAUCUAUGUGGUUGGCACUUCUACUGAAGCUAUAUUGGAUAGAUGUUUCUGCUGCAGGUAAAUGUUGAGGAUUAGAUCAAGUAAGUUUUUAUGCCUUUGAAUUUGCCAAUCUGCCAGCUAUAUCUUUAGCUGGCUCAGUCAAUGGUGGUGCUACCAAGCCACUCUUGGUAACAGACAUUUUAAGUUCUUUACCCCCUUCACCCCGAGUACAUACUGUGCCUUUCCUAUUCACAGGCUUCUUUCAAAUGUUGUUCAAUGUGGUGGAUCAACAAUUCAUCAGCUGAAAAUGACAUGGGCGAUAUUAAGAUUGUUUCCCUGCCUAUGUUUCACCUGAUGCCAAGGCUUCAUGGGGUCUGGAAUCAAUGAAUUUUAAUGGCCAUCUCUACUGUUUAUUGCAUGGUGAUACCUACGGCCUCCUUGCAAAGAAUAGGGCAUAAGAGGGGUUAAGAUGUACCUGUAAGAAUGAGUGACAAGUUGUUGCUCGACAGUGCUCCCUGAUUACAUGCAGUCCGCAGACACGUGCACUAGUGGGCCGAAGGGCCUGUUUUCAUGCUGUAUGACUGACUUUGAAAACAACUUGGCUGUGUCAGAGUUUGAGUCAAAUGUGGAUGGAUUAUCAGGUUUUAUUCUUUCUCCGUUGUCGUUGCAGUCCUACUGAAUGUCUUGUUAGUCCAUAACAUAAUCUGAGGCAAGUAUUGGGUCAAUAGAACUCAUUUACACAUCUAAUGUCGGAAACUAUCCAGUCUGGUAUAGGAUGGCACAAUUUUGAUUAAAUUGAAGGAUUGGUUUAAAUAAUAUCUUGUAAAGUAUUUUGUGUUAAGGCUUGUUUGUUCUUUAUUUUGCCCCUUUGUGUUUCUUUGUGCAACAAUGAUUUUCCACAAAGCAAUUGCCAUAAAACAAAACCCUUUAAUACCAUGCCUAUGGCAACAAGACCAAUAAUAAAUACCCUUGAAGGAAAGAGAAUAACGUUUGAACUAUAAUUUACAAUGUUUAAUAUCAUAAGACACAGGAGCAGAAUUAGGCCAUUUGGUUCAUCAAGUCUGCUCUGCCAUUUGCUGAUGACUGAUAUUUGUCCGCCUCAAAUUCUCCUGCCUUCUCCCCAUAACCUUUGACAUAAAUCAAAUUUGGGAAGGCUGUUAUUACAGUAUCUUGUUGAUAAAAUUAAAUGUCAGAAAUCAAGGAUUAUGCCAUGCUUAUCAGAUUUGAAUCAUCAUUAACUUCCCAUGUUGCUUUGUCUUGGAUCCAACAGUAGUCUCCAACAUGGAGUGGAAAGUAUUUCGAGUGAUUCUGGUGUAUUGGAUAGUGAGGAUUUACCUCCGAAAGGGACAGUGUCACCAUCAUAUUCUGCUUGUAAGGUGAUUAAACCAAAGUACAAAAGCUUUCUUCGUGCUGUUCAGAAGAAACAAUUAUUCAUGAGUCCAGUUUUUGUUGGCCGUACAAUGGUGAAGUCCUUCAUUAAUCACAAUACUCAAGUGAAAGUUGAUCCCAAGGAAAAAGAGAGGAUCCGUCUGGCAAAACUUAAGAAAACGCAAGAGCAAAAAGAAAGAAGCCAGAAACUGGAGGAAGGGAAAACACACAAAUGGGAAGAGCUUAAAAAGUAA